UCCCUUAACAACAACAUUGUUGAUGUAAUGGCGACCACUACUCGCAGGAUUAAUUUUAUUGCCUAAAACAUCUUUACUGUGAGUUAUUUGGUCCCAAUGCUCAAGUUUGUUAAAAAUUUAGGGAAGUUUUCACCUUCUGGAGGAAAAUUGUCGAGAAAGAGAUCUGACAGUGUCUGUUUAGACAAUGAAAGUAGUAAUUUGUCAUCGAAUGCGCUCACCGAUGGUAUCUAUAUUGUUCGGGACAAGGAAUUGGGAAAAUUACACAAAGCUGCUUGGUAUGGACAACUGGAAAAAGUUAAAGCUCUCGCCAGAAGAGAUCCCAGUCCGCUGGAUAAAUGCCACAGAACGCCAUUGCAUUUGGCAUGUUGUCAAGGACAUGCUGCCAUUGUCCAAGAACUUUUGGCAUGGAAUGCUCGCACCAGCAUUAGUGAUAAAGAAGGUAAAACACCAUUUAUGAAGGCUGUGCAAUGUGGCCAUUUUGAUGUUGUUGAAGUCCUGCUUAGUUACAAGGUGGAUGCAGAGGCUCGGGAUGGCGAUGGAAACACCUGUUUGCACCUUGCCAUUCAAUAUUCUCACCUGGAGAUUCUCGAUGCUAUGCUCAAUGCGCGGACAAAUGCAAAUCUUAAAAAUAUGGCUGGUAAAACACCAUUGCACUAUGCUGUGAUAGAAGACAAGAUCAAUAUUGCUAUGUCCCUUCUUCAGAACAGAGCUGAUGUAAAUAGCAUUGACAAUGAUCACAAAACAGCUUUGAUGUUUGCUUGUCAAGUGGGAAAUGAUAAUAUGGUCUCUCUUCUGUUGAGGUUUCAAGCAGCUGUCCAUGUUAAAGAUGCAAAUGGUUGGACUGCCAGUGAUCAUGCACUUAUAAAAGGCUACAAUUCUUGUGUUCAGUUGCUUGAAAAUUAUCAAAAAUCACAGAAGUUACAAUUUUCAGAAGACACAAUUGAUUUAGAUGAGAGUCCUGCCACUAGUAGCAGGUUGAAACAGUCCAGCCGUGGAUUAGCAAAAAGACGAGUCAGCAUGAGUCCUGGCCACCAACCUGUUCCCGUCCCGAAACAGUCAGAAAACAUGGAUGAUUCUGCUGAGGAAACGGGAACUCUUUCAAGCCAUUGCAGUCAAACAAAAGACACCGGUUCUGACUGUUGGGGAGACGAUACGGAUAUCAGUCUUACAACUGACGACAAGAACAACAAAGGGCAAAUGCGUGUAAAUCUGGCCAAGUUUGUUCCAAAAUCAUCAGACAGUGAAGAUUUUGAUAACCAGGAAAAUCCAUAUUCAACCAUUGAUAUCUCAAACAGAGGAAAUACAUUUGUUCCUGCAAAAACUUUCAAUGACAAUGAAGAAUCCAUUGAAACAAGAAAUAAUGUUCCUUCCAAGGAAAACAACCAAAUAACAGAUAUUUUAAAUACAUCUUCUGAAAACUUGAACACUGCCAAAGAAGGAACUGCAGAACCAAUUUAUGCCACGGUCAAUAAAACCAAAAAAUUGACUCUUGAACAACAACGAGGAGAUGAGAAUGGAACUGCAUUUAUGGAUGAAUUGGGGCUGAGUGAUUCAGACGAUCUCAUUGAUGCCCCUGCACCAACUCCCUUCGAUCAGAAACCAACUGGAAAUAGCGGUUUUGAUGGUGGAAGUGACUGGGACAGCGUUGUCGCUGAGGAUGUGUCAAAGGCAGAUGAUCAACAAGAGCAGCUAUUUAGCGAAGAUCUCUUUGCUGCGUUUAAUGAAAGAGUUCAGUCGAAGUCUCAACAAAAUCUCUUCCAUUCUGAAACCAACUAUUUUGGAGAGAUGGAUGAAAGCAACGGUGAUUGUAAACAAAAUGAGAAUUUAAUGUCUCACAAACCUUUGAUUAUGAAGAAUGAUUGGGAUUCUUCGUGUUUAUCGUCACCACCAAAUUAUGAUGCGAAGGAGUCGAAUCAACCAAAAAGUGAAGCUAAUCAACAUAAUUCCAAAGAUUUUUUGUGUCAAAUGUCUUUGAAUAAAGAGUCUGACAGUGGUGAUGAAGAUAGUGAUUGGGAUUCCCCUGCUAAUUCUACCAAUUUACCAAAAACUGAUGUUAAUGGUACCAGGGUUAACACCACAACAACCAAUAUGGCAUCAAUAAAAGUCGACCAAGAAGAGUAUUUGCAGCGAACGUCAUCCUUAAGACGGAUGAGCUCCGCAGCAAAGAACUUGGAUAUGGCAGCAAGUAAAAUUAUUGCUUGUUCCAGCCAACCGUCUGAUUACCUUAUUGAAUCGUCAGGUUUGUACAAGAAUGCUUAUGAAGAAUUUGUUAGCAGCGUAGGACUUGUUGCUGAUAUGACACCCGACCUAACUGCCAAGACACAAAUUAUGGAGAAACUUGACAGCAUCUCUGAUGUCUCAAGUCGUUUGCUUCUGGUUGCCAAUGCUGUCUCCACUGACCAAACUGACCACAGUGCAAAGAACAAACUCUCAGGUGCAGCAAGAUUUGUCACAGAAUGCAUUGACCAACUGAUCAAUGUUUGUUCUGGAAUUGAAACAGAAGAAGAGAAAGAGAUUGAAGAAAAUAAUGCAGGAGAGUCUCAGGUGAAUGAGGGCUUCCUAUUUGUGAAAGAUUCUCAGUUAUCAAGAUCUAUGGGUGAACUACGUCAGAGCUACUUAUAUGAACCCGAUUCAGACGGCAAUGUUGUCGAGGAAGAAGACAGUGUUGAACCAUUUUCAGAAGAUAAAGUUGAUGCCAACAUGAAAAAUGCUGCUGCAAGUGCUGCUGUUGUUGCAAAACUCUCAGAAGAGACAUUGUUUCAAAUGCGGAAAGAAUCUUUAGAAAGUACAGCAGUACCAUUGUCUAUUGAAAAGAAAAAGACCUGUAUAGCAGGAGGAAGUGUAGAAACCAAAGAUAAAUGUCUUGGAGACAGUGAAGAAAUGAAACUGGUUACGACUUUGGAAGAACCUAAAUUAAAUGAGACAUCAAAAGGUAUUGAGUCUACCAUGUUGUCGGCACCGUCUCUUCAACUGACUGCAGACAUUCAACAGUCCAUUCCUCAAGGAAAGAAACCCACAGAAACUGUGUUGGAAGAUUUUGCUGGUUUUGGUUUUCUGGAUAGUUCCGAUGUUUUAAAAGACGAUGACAUGUUGUCCGUGACUUCAUUUGAGACAGAGAAUAAUCUCUCAACAGUGAAUUACGAGAAAGAUGUCUUGAUGAACCUCAACCUAAAUGACCCGACAUCUGCUGCCAAACUCCAGCAGUACAUCUAUGAUUGUCGUCAAAGACUGAAAAAGGAAAAGAACCAACGAACUCUCAUUGAAAACCAAUAUCGUGUGCUGCAAGAAGACAAUAAGAAUAUGCAAAAGAAACUGCAAGUUGUAUCUCAAGAGAAAGCUACUCUGGAACAAAACAAAAUUGGUUUAGAGGCAAAGAUUAGUGACUUAAAAUAUAAAUUGGCUGAGGAAUCUGACAAGUGCAAAGAUGAAGAGAUUUUAUUGGGACAAUGUAAAAAGCAGCAAGAGAAAAUGGAACAACUUUAUAAGAAGUAA